AUGUGGACAAUCAUAGUAGGACUCAGUGGCAGAUUUAGAGGGGUCACUUCUCCGUUAUCAAAACUACCUCUCAUAAAAUCUGCCCUUUGUUUGGCCUCCCGUCAGAGUUGGCUAGAUCCAACGUCGGAAGGGCUUCACAUCACUUUUGGCUCAAAGUCGAACGUUGAAAAACUGCGCAUCUCCUUGUCGGCGGGCAAAGUACCAAUGUUGUUUAAACUUUCACAGUCUCCUUGUCCAAACGUCUUCAGCUUUCCCUGCGACAUAACUUACACAAGCAGAGCAUUAACAUCGACCCAAUCGCUGAGCAGUAAAGACGGCAACAGCAGACUAUCUUUGAAGCAUCAAUGCUGGCCGUCCUCUUCACAAAUGUAUUUGUACUAA